UGUUUGGCAGCCGAGCGCAGAGGAAGUGGCUGCCGGAGCGCAGGGACGGGGAGCGGCCCGAGGCCCCAGCGCUGCCGCCAUGCCCCCGCCCGCGCCCCCCAGCGCGCCGCCGCCCGGGCCGCCCGCCCGCGGGCCGCUGAGCCUGCACCGGCCCUUCGUGCGCAGCCCGCUGGCCCCGCUGCGCCUGGGGCAGCUGCUCCUGGGCGCCGCCUGCUGGGGGACGGUGGCGGCCCACAAGUACGAGGGGGCGGCGCACUUCGCGCUCUUCGCCGCCGUGCUGGCCUGGCUGCUGGCGCUGGCGCUCGCCGGCCUCAGCCUGCUGGGGCGCUGGGCGCUGGUGCCGCUGCUGGGCGCCCGCUGGCUGCUCGCCAACGCGGCGCACGACCUGCUGCUGGGCGCCGGGCUCUACGCGGCGGCCGCGGGCGUCAUGGGCCACAAGGCGGAGCGCCACAGCUACUGCAACCUCCGCGGCUACAGCCAGCCCUGCCUCUACCGCGCCUACCUGGCCGCCGCCGUCUGCGCCGCCCUGGCCGCCGCCCUCCACCUGCUCUCGGGCCUCUACUGCCUGGCGCGCCGCUGCCGGGGCCACCGCGACAUCGUCUGAGCGCCGCGCAGGGCCCCCGGCCGGCCGGCCGCGGCCCCCGGCGGACAGAGCCCCCGCAGACAGACCGACAGACAGACAGCGCCCUGCGC